UGAUGAAUAAUUUCUUUUUCUAAUCACAACUAACAUUUACUAAUGGCAAACAGUAAGAGAUGUGUACAAGCAAUAAGUGAGGUAGAAAAAAUUUCUAUGCGUAUAUAAAUACUUAAGCACAGCUACUAGACCUACAAAGAAUUUGUUUUAAGCAUAAGGUUACUCAAAAUAAUGACUACGACAACUUCAGAAAAAGACGAAAUGCAACAAUAUGCAGUUGACAGAACUCUCGAAGCUAUGAAUAUGUACUUCUCAUAUGACCAAAUAGGUGAACAUAUAUCGAAAGCCUUCAGUUCAAAGUAUUGUGGAAAUUGGCAUUGUAAAGUUGGUAAAUCAUUUGGAAGCUUCGAUACAUUCAACUCUGAAUACAUUUUCUCAUAUUUUGUUGAAAAUUUGGCUAUCAUACUUUACAAAGAUGACUGAUUUAUCUUAAAGACUUUUCUGUGAUCAUGUACACACUGUAAAUAGAAAAGCAUUUAUAUAAUACUCAUUGUGUUUAAAUGAAUACAUAAAGUUAUUUAUUCAUGAACGA